GCCUAAACACAGAUGAAAAUGCAAACAUGUGUAUUUAAUUAAGUGAUCAGAGAAGAUUGAUGAGAUCUGUGCAUGUGGUGAUUGAUAUCUUGUGUACUUUCUUUACUUUGCUGAUUAUUAACAGGUGCCUAACAAAGUGACAUUGAAAUUUGCAGAAGAAACCAAAAUGAGCCAGGAGUCUGACACUGACGGAUUGAAAGACUCCGAAGUACUGCCACCACAAUUGGAAGAAGCCGUUUCAUCUACAAUUGUCCAGAAAAUCGCUUCCGCUUACAAGCCUGAUGCCAUUGUGGUGUCAUACUCCGUCAAACCUGGUACAAAACCAGGCGAUAACUACAUGUCGGUCAUGUACGCGGUAGAAAUCUUACUGAAAAAUGGGAGCAAUAACCCUGAAAAUAUUGAUGUAAUGCUCAAAACCAUGCCGAAAAAUCCACUCCGCAUUAGAGAAAUUAAUGAAAUGGCCGCAUUUGUCAAGGAAGCGAACAUGUAUACUCAACUUUUCCCAGGGAUGGUAAAAUUCCAGGAGGGCAAGGGGUUGGAAAGGUCCCAAAUAUUUUCCGGGUGGCCGACCUGUUUCGCAACUUUUCAAAAUGGUAUAGAUGACUACUUAGCGAUGGAAGACUUGAGGGGAAAAGGGUUUUACAUGGCUGAUCGCAUCAACGGCCUGACGCCUCCACAAGUUCGUCUCCUCUUGCUAAACCUUGCUCAAUUUCACGCCAUCUCAUACGCCCAAUUUGGCGGUGACAGGACCGCCAUAAUGUCAAAGUACCCUUGGCUUGAAGAACGCAUAUUUCCCCCCGCGGAUAAAAUAGAUCCAAAUAUGAUAUCCUGGAUGAAAUCGUCCAUUGUCAAUCUCUCCGACAGGAUCCGUUCCGCCGGUCAUGCACACGAGGCCGAUUUAAUGUCCAAAAUUUAUGGUGGCGACGACCCCAACGACACCACAUUCUGGUCCGACAUGAAUUCCCUCGUGUCCGGAAAUAAAAAACACGUUGUCAUUAAUCACGGCGACUGUUGGACGAAUAAUGUUCUGUUUCAUGAGGACGGACGACUCAAAUUUAUAGACUUUCAAGCAUCCCGAUGCGCUCUAAGAGGUGUCGACCUAGCAUAUUUUAUGCACACGAGUUUCUCCAAUGAAGACUUGAACGAGAGAGAAGAUUUCUACUUAAAAUUGUAUUACGACGAGUUUAUCAGGUUUUUGGAUAAGUUAGGUUUUGAUACGAGUGGGGCGGGAUUGUCGUGGGAGGAUUUUAUGGAGGAGUGGAAAGAAUGCAAAUUCUCUGGAGUUGUCAUGGGCCUGUCCAUGGCGCCGUUUAUAUGCGCCGAGGCCGAUGUACUUCCCGAUAUGGAAAACUUAAGCCAAGACGAUUAUGGAGCGGAUGCCGUGGACAAAAUGAUUGAUCAAGUUGGCUGCGGAGAAGGGAGCGCGUCAUGGAAGAAAAUUUUUAAUCUUGCCGUCAACCAUUUACCAAGGUGUCGACAAACGUUGGAAUAUGCGAAGAAGGGAUGAGCAAUGAUGCUUUUUUGCAGCUACAACUAAUUUUGAAUAUCUUAUUAUUUUUAUUAUGACUCGAAUAAUAAAUUUUGGAAUGGUCAAUGCUGGCUGACGCAGAAAAAGUGUGCUUACCAGUUUACUUGCUAUAUGUAAAGUGUGCAUAAAUAAAGUUGUGUAAUUUUAAA